AUGAGUGUUGAAGUUUCAGACGCUGAAGAAGAAAUAUUAGUGUAUGCCGAAUUUGAAGAUAGUGUAAAUAUUGAAAAAUAUAGAGCUGUUCAUGUCUUGGGUGUCGACGAACAGAAUCCUAUUAUACAAAUGGAUGAUACUUUUUUUACAGGAAAGUAUGAAAAUGCGUUAGGUACCUAUAUGUUUUUUGAAGAGGAUCCAGAGCCAAAAACUGACGAUCCAUUAUUUGACAAACUGCCUGAAAAAAACUUGAAGUAUGUAUGCAAGACACGAAAGUAUUUAAAUAUGGAACAUGCCUAUAUCACACCUAAAGAAGGUCAUUCUCUCCAGAAUCAAAAACAAGAGCCACAGGAUGAUAUAGAAGCAGUAAAUUUUAAAUCAUUACAAGAAGCUAUUGAUAAUUUUAAGAAUCUUUUUGAAUCUGAUGAAGCAAAAGAUAAAGCAAAAUCUUAA